CAAACUUCAUCACUAUCAAAGAAUCGAAUCUUUUCCCCUUUAACUUUCCAUUCCUCCACUCGGCGGCCCACCACUUCUCUUUUUCCGUUGGCCGCCCGACCCGAAAUCUCUCUCAAACUUAAUCCCUACGUCAAAAAAUCAAAUCCACUUAAACCCUUCACUUUUCAACGAUUAUGUAAAAUCAGUCCAAAUAUUAUUAUUUUUGCCUUCAGAUUUCACUAAUCCAAAUGGAUUUCGUGGAAUUGGAGGCAAUUGAAGGUCUACGUUGGUCAUGGAACUCAUGGCCAUUAACAAAAUCUCAAAAUUCAUCAUUAGUAAUUCCAUUAUCAAUUAUGUGUACACCAUUAAUGCAUUUUAAUGAACUUCCAAUAUUACCAUAUGAUCCACUUAUUUGUUCUCAAUGUAAUGCUGUUUUAAACCCUUAUGCUCGUGUUGAUUAUCAAUCAAGAAUUUGGGUUUGCCCGUUUUGUUUUCGGAAAAACCCGUUUCCUAAAUCGGGUCAUGGAAUUAAUGAGAAUAAUAUACCUGCUGAGCUUUUUCCUACUUAUAGUACUGUUGAAUAUCAUUUGGGGAAAAAGGGUUUAGCUCAAAACCCUAAUUUGAGUUCUAAUUUUGGGAAUUCGUCGUUUUCAGAUGAUUUGGGGAAAAAGGGUUUAGCUCAAGAUUCGAAUUCGAGGUCUAAUUUUGGAAAUUCGUCGUUUUCGGGCUCGAAUUCGGGCUUGGAUUUGGGGAAAAAGGGUUUAGCUCAAAACCCUAAUUUUGGAAAUAUAUCGUUUUCGGAUCAUUUGGGGAAAAAGGGUUUAGCUCAAAAUCCGAAUUCGAGCUCUAAUUUAGGAAAUGUGUCAUUUUCGGGCUCUUUGUCCGGUUUAUCGGGUCAUGGGCUUGGCCCGACGUACAGUACUGUUGAGGAUCAUUUGGGGAAAAAGGGUUUAGCUCAAAAUUCAAAUUCGAGCUCUAGUUUUGGAAAUGUGUCGUUGUUAUCGAAAAUGCCUUCGUUAUCGGGCUCUUCUUCGGGCUUCGAUCUUGGCCCAGCGUUUGUGUUUGUUGUGGAUGGUUGUACAUCGGAUGAGGAGCUUAGGGUAGUGAAAAAUGAGCUACUUCAUGUGAUUGCUCAAUUGCCUGAAAGUGCAUUGGUUGGGUUGGUGGUCUUUGAUUCAAUGGUUAGCGUUUAUGAUCUUGGUUUUGGAGAGUGUUGUAGAGUUGUGGUGUUCCAUGGUGAGCGUGAGCUUUCUUCUGAGCAGACCAAGCAACUCCUGGGUAUUCAUCGUAUGAAGUACCAACCAGGAAUGGUACAUAUGGCUCCAAAACAGGGAUUCCUGAUACCGCUAUCAGAAGGGGAGUUCAGCAUCACAUCAGCAAUUGAAGAUAUCCAUUCUUCACCGCAGCUUAUGCCAGGGCAUAGACCUUUACGGGCUACAGGAGUAGCAGUAUCGGUUGCUGUUGGACUACUAGAAGGAUGUUUGGUCUCUGCAGGUUCGCGUAUCAUGAUCUUCACCUCAGGGCCAGCAACAAUUGGCCCCGGGAUGAUCGUAAGCUCUGAUUUUGGCAAUGCCAUUAGGAAUCAGCGAGACAUUGGUAAUGGUUAUGCACCUUACUACAAGAAGUCCAUUGAAUUCUAUAAGAAGAUAUCAAGAAGAUUGUCCAAUUCGUCCAUCGCUCUUGAUCUCUUUGCUUGUUCAUUGGAUCAAGUUGGAGCAGCUGAGCUUAGAGUUCCAGUCGAAAGUUCAGGGGGGUUCAUGAUGUUAACAGAGUCGUUUGACUCGGACCAGUUCAAAAAGUGUUUACGUCACAUAUUUAGCCAUGACGAGGUUGGCAAUUUGAAAAUGUGCCUUGAUGCAACUAUCGAGAUAAUAACUACGAAGGACGUUAAAAUUUGUGGGGCCCUUGGUUCAUGUGUGUCUCUCCAGAAGAAGAACGGUUCAGUCAGUGACAAGGAAAUCGGCGAGGGAGGUACCUAUAUGUGGAAAUUAGGAGCACUUACUGAUAAAAUGUGUAUUGCCUUUUUUUUUGAAGUAGGGGAUGAACAGAAAGCCCAACCUAGCUCUGCAUUUUUCAUACAGUUCAUAACACGCUAUAGAUAUGGAAGCAUGGGCAUUCGUAAGAGAGUGAUUACUGCUGCAAGAAGGUGGGUCCCGAACCACUCUCCGGAAAUUGCUUCCGGUUUUGAUCAGGAAGCAGCAGCUUCAGUAAUGGCUAGGCUUGCAAUUCAUAAAGCAGAGAGCAAUUUUUCUCAAGAUAUUGUCCGGUGGCUAGAUAAAAGUUUGAUACGUUUUGCUUCAAAGUUUGGAGAUUAUGUUCCGGAAGACCCCUCAUCAUUCCGUCUCGCGACUAAUUUAUCUCUUUUCCCACAGUUCAUGUAUUAUUUAAGGAGGUCUCAGUUUAUCGACGUCUUCAACUGCACCCCAGACGAGACUGCUUUUUUCCGGCUUUUGUUGAACCGUGAGGGGGUAGUUGGCUCACUUAUUAUGAUCCAGCCAACCCUUUUCCAGUAUUCAUUUGACGGCCCCCCUAUCCCAGUUCUCUUAGACAUCUGCUCCGUCUCUCCGGACAUUAUCUUGCUCUUCGACUCCUACUUCUACGUGGUUAUUCAUUAUGGCUCUAAGAUUGCACAAUGGCGUAAACUUGGUUACCACAAAGAUCCCAGCCAAGACAGUUUCCGGAAACUACUAGAAGCUCCCGAGAUCGAUGCAGAACAAUUGGUAUCGGAAAGGAUCCCUGUGCCAAAGCUUAUAAAAUGUGAUCAGCACAGUAGUCAAGCUAGGUUUCUACUUGCUAAGUUGAAUCCAUCUGUUACACACAACUCAACUUACACACAAGGCUCAGAUAUUAUGUUUACUGAAGAACUGAGCUUACAAGUUUUUAUUGAGCAUUUGCAAGCUUUAGCAGUGCAGGGUUAAUUUUGAGUUUUGUAUAUAGUUGUUGUUCAAGUAGUUAUAUGGAGGAGGAAGUGUUGUACAUUAGAUCCAAGGUGAAAUGUCUCUUUGGUAAUUAGUAUUUUUUUUUUCUUGGGGGGUGAAAAAGAUAAGUAAUCAUUUCCUCAUUGCCUCUAUUUUAACUUUUUGUUUAUGGAACGUUUGGCUUACACGAAAUUAGUGUACAGGAAGUAUA